CCUUCUGUUGGGAUUUUGCCGCAUGUCUGGGUCUUGCCCAGAGGCGCUAAGGUAUCCAGGGAAAUGGAGUAUAUGCCGGAAGCCGCCGACCGCAGCCCCGGACACAUCUUGUGCUGCGAGUGUGGUGUCCCAAUUAGUCCAAAUCCUGCCAAUAUUUGUGUGGCCUGUUUGCGAAGUAAAGUAGACAUCAGCCAAGGCAUUCCAAAACAAGUGUCGAUAUCUUUCUGCAAACAAUGCCAAAGAUAUUUCCAGCCGCCAGGAGCUUGGAUACAGUGUGCGUUAGAAUCCAGGGAGCUUCUUGCUUUGUGUUUGAAAAAAAUCAAAGCCCCUCUGAGCAAGGUACGGCUUGUAGAUGCAGGCUUUGUUUGGACUGAGCCCCAUUCUAAGAGACUUAAAGUUAAACUAACUAUUCAGAAAGAGGUGAUGAAUGGUGCUAUCCUUCAGCAAGUGUUUGUGGUAGAUUAUAUUGUUCAGCCCCAAAUGUGUGGAGAUUGCCAUCGAGUAGAAGCUAAGGAUUUCUGGAAGGCUGUGGUUCAAGUCCGGCAAAAGACUUUGCACAAAAAAACUUUCUACUAUCUGGAACAGUUGAUUUUGAAAUAUGGAAUGCAUCAGAAUACGCUUCGUAUCAAAGAGAUUCAUGAUGGUCUGGAUUUUUAUUAUUCUUCAAAGCAGCAUGCCCAGAAGAUGGUAGAAUUUCUUCAGUGUACAGUUCCCUGUAGAUACAAAUCCUCACAGAGACUGAUCUCUCAGGAUAUCCAUAGUAACACAUACAAUUAUAAGAGCACUUUUUCUGUGGAAAUUGUUCCAAUAUGCAAGGAUAAUGUUGUUUGUCUGUCUCCAAAACUGGCACAAAGUCUUGGAAAUAUGAACCAGAUUUGUGUGUGUAUUCGAGUAACCAGUGCCAUCCAUCUCAUAGAUCCAAAUACCUUACAAGUUGCAGAUAUUGAUGGCAACACCUUCUGGAGUCACCCUUUCAAUAGUUUAUGCCAUCCCAAACAGCUAGAGGAGUUUAUUGUGAUGGAAUGCAGCAUAGUUCGAGAUCUAAAACGCAGUGCAGGUGCUGGAAUGGUAUCAAAAAAGCAUACCCUCGGGGAAGUCUGGGUGCAGAAAACAUCUGAAAUGAAUACUGAUAAACAGUAUUUUUGUCGCACUCAUUUGGGACAUCUUCUAAAUCCUGGAGACCUGGUGUUGGGGUUUGAUUUGGCCAACUGGAACUUAAAUGAUGAGCAUGUCAACAAAAUGAACUCGGAGAGAGUCCCAGAUGUGGUAUUAAUCAAGAAGAGCUAUGACCGUACCAAACGUCAGCGACGUAGAAACUGGAAACUGAAAGAACUUGCAAGAGAUAGAGAAAACAUGGAUACAGAUGAUGAAAGGCAAUACCAGGAUUUCCUUGAAGAUCUUGAAGAAGAUGAAGCAAUUAGAAAAAACGUAAACAUUUACAGAGAUUCAACCAUUCCUGUGGAAAGUGACACAGAUGAUGAAGGAGCACCUCGAAUUAGUCUGGCUGAGAUGCUUGAAGACCUUCACAUUUCCCAAGAUGCUACAGGUGAAGAAGGUGAAUCGAUGAUGACAUAAUAAGAUCCUGUUGUAGAUGGUUUCUGCGUUUGUAGGCUUAGCAUAUUGGACAAAAUAACUUCUACAGUCUGUUCCAUGUAUGCCUCUAUAUUAAAAGAGGAGAUUUAGCGUUAAACCUGAGUAAAUAGGACUAUUUUGAUUGCUCACACAAAAUGCUGAAAAAGAUUUAGAUAACAAUAGAUUAUGGAGAAUGUAAUUAUUGAUAUUUCGGCCAUUUUAUGUUUGAAAUUUUAUCGGUUCGCUUUUUUUAUGAGACACUAAUAUUUUCACAUACUGAAAAUCUCAAGUGUUAUGAUUCCUUGGAGGUUACCUAAAUUUUCAAGCAUAAAACAAGCUUUUGCAACUCUUUUUAUAUUGAUUGCUUUAGAAAAAGAGCAUAUGAAGAAUCAUUUUUAAUUUGAAUUUGCUAUGCACUUUGCUCCACUUUAGAUCAUUUUUAUGCCCCUGGGCUAGGGAAGUUGGGGUUCAGUUUAUCACUAGACAUUUCAAGAGGACAGUUAAUCUUUUUUAUUUAUAGUGUUAACAUCUUCAAAAGAUGUUAUACUAUAACAUAUACAAUAUAACAUAAUUAUAAUAAUAUUAUAAUUAUAAUCUUUGAAUAUAUUCAAAAGAUUCAUAAUAUUAGCAUCCUCAAAAAAUAUAAACUGUUAAUUUUUAUUACAGAAGAAAAUAUAUUUAAAAUAUUUGUGGAUUUGUAGCAAACAUAGACUAAUUAUUUAAAGGUUAAAUAACAAUUUGUACCUUUGUUAUUUUUGUCUGUGCCAGCAGCUUAGGGCAGUAGCUGCUUAUGUCAUAAAAAUGUCUUCCUAUCCUUAAGGGAUUUUGCUUUUAAAAUUUUGAUUUACAAAUUGGGAAGGAAGGCAUUUUCUCUAUAUAAGUUUUUAUCAUUGAACACAUCACUAUCAAAAAGAAAUUAUAAUCCAGCAUAUAGAUGAUGAAUUAAUAAAAAUGAUCUUCAUUCUUUAUAAAACCAUGAAUCAAAUUUGAAUGAGGAAUGCUUUUCACAUUCUUGAAAGAAAAGCCUUGGCUUGAGUUGUAAAGUUUUCUGAGAAUGGAGUAUUAAGAUCCUAUUUCUAUAAGCAAGAUCAGACUUACUGAGUAUUCCAGAACUAAGAGUUAAUUCAUAAAUUGUCUGUAUACCACUAAAUAAGGAAAUUGAGUAAGUGCUGAAUGGAACAUUUUCCUUUUUUUGAAAUUGAACUCCUCAAUUCUGAAGUUAGGAAUAAAGACCUGAACUUUCUAUAAUGACUACUUUCUGUCUGCAUAUUUAGUUAAAAUGAUCGCUUGUGGUAUGUGUUUACUUCUAUGUCAAGAUGUUAAAAAGCAUGAAAAAUAAAAAUAUUCUCCCCCUUUUUUGUGUCCUGGAA